CCUGCAACACACCUGCAGGCUUGACUUCACUCUCUCUUACCUCACACGUCAACCGUAUCCGAUACAAACAAACCCUCACACAUCAUAAACCAUGGAGGUCAUACAAGAUUAUAUCACCCUCCUCCCGACCGUGCUCCCCGCAUCUCUCGCCUCUCCCAUUCUCAAAUUCGUCACGACUUCUUUCGGCAUAACACAAACUCUCCAAUCGCACCUCGCACCGUUCCUCACGCGCGUCAUCACACAACCAGAUGUCGCCUCCAUCUUCGCGCUCCUCGUCGUCUUCUUCAUCAGCAUGAAGAUCCUGGACAUGAUGUACCGCGCGGUCAUCUUCUGGGUGCGGAUGGUGUUCCGCCUGGCGUUGCUGGGCGCAGUUGUGGUUCUCGGGCUGUGGGUGCACAACCGUGGCGUGGAUGGAUUUGUCGCCGAUGUGCAGGGAUUGGGCGAGAAGUGGACGGGCGAGUACCAAAGAUAUAGCGGGGAGGUUAAAAAAUUCCAGGCGCAGAAGGAGGAUCAGAUCAGGAUGCAGGCGGCGAACAAGGGGAGAGGAUACGGGCGUUAGUGGGGUUGAAGAGUUGCUGCACGAGGAUGAGGGGACUGUCAUGUUGUUGUUGACAAUGUGUGUGGUGGUGGGAUUCACGAUUGCACGAUUGGAUGAUUACAUGUCGGGGGCAUGGCGCUGGGAUACGGCAUUUAUGUGGAGUUUGAGACAUCGGCCAACGACUUGGGUUCAUAAGGAGUCUGCAGGAACGGUUCGGCUAGAGAAGAGCGCAAUACUCUCAGUUGGAUAUACCCUUUUCUUUACUUCCUGGCUUUAGUCCUGUGGAAGACAGAAUAUAGAGGCACGGAC